CUUUGGCCAAACUCAAAAGAGGCAAGUUCUGGUCCCAUCCAGCUGGGUCCAGUCCCAAAUCCUGCCCCAAAGGGGUUAAAGUUUAUUCUACUGAACUUUGGAGAAAGCUCUGAAAUCUGAAGAAGCAUCUGAGCCUUGUCUUCUGUGUACCCUGGGAACAAGAAACGGGGGAAAAAAACAAAACAAAACAAAACAAAAAAACCCAACAACUUAGAUGAAUGAGCCUGGAACUUCAACAAUGAACUGUACUUCACCCUAAGGACCAUGUGUCUUUCUACUCAGCUCUGUAUCUUAGUGCUAACAGGCUCAGUGCUUCUCAGUAUCUUCAGCAGUUUGGAAGCUACUAUCAUCACUGAUGAAGACCAAGCCCUGGAAGCAAAGAAGAACUUGACUUGGCUGAUAGCCCAGGAGCAGGUCACAUCUGGGGAAGAGAGCCUCUUGAGAAAUUUUAAGGAAUGGCAGAACAACUCAGACCUCUUCUAUAAUGUCUCCUAUCAGCAUCUGGCUGGAACCCCGUCCCAACAGAAGAAGCUGCUAACUCUAGGACUGUGCUCCAAGCAGGGGAUAUACCUCAUGCACACUUUGCAGUCAGUGUUCAAGUCUUCCUCCAAGAGUGAACUGAUGUACUUCACAGUGGUGGUCCACCUCUCUGAUUCUGACCCUAAAUCACUCAGACAGAGGAGCUUCAAUAUUAGCAGAAUCUUUGCCCCGCAGAUCCUCAGAGGGCAGCUGCUCGUGAUCCACACCCCUCUUGCUGCUUAUUCCUCCUUGGAAAACCUAAAAACCAACGGGAGUGAGCCCUUCCUCAAUCCUAUCCUGUUUAAGCAGAUUGCAGACUAUGCCUUUCUUAUGAACUUCGCUGCCAACCUCUCUGACUACUUUCUGAUGAUUGAGGACAAUGUCCGCUGCGCUCCCAACUUCAUCGCUGACAUACAAAGGGCACUGGCGAUCUGGAAGGAGAGGCCCUGGGUGAUCAUGGAAUUCUCUCAGCUGGACCUCACAGGCAAGCUCUGUCACUCCAGGGACCUUCCCCGUCUGGCCUCUUUCUUCCUCUACUAUCUGAACUCGCCUCCUGAGAAGCUCUUCUCUACCUUCUACAAGAUGCUAGGCCAGGAAAAACCCAUCCAAUUUAGCCCCUCGCUCUUCCGGUCCAUGGACUUCUCCAUCCAUGAAGACAACUUCUCCUCUGACAAUCCCUUUCAUGAUCAAGUCAGUUCCUUAAAACCAAAGGACAAAUUUCAAGAAAACAAUUUUGGGAAACCCAACAACCCACCAGCAUUCAUCUACACUGACAUGCAGAUUUUUAAAGACUAUCUACCUGAGAAAGCCUAUAGCCUGGAAGAGGAUUUCUUCUGGGCGCUGGAACCUAUGGCAGGCAACCACUUGACUGUGGCUUUGGAGGAACCAGCUAAAAUAAGACGAGUGCAAGUUUUAACAGGCCCAGAAGAAGAGCUAGUGUUCCUACUUGGGGGAAAGGUAGAGCUGGGUUAUAAUCGCAGUGAAAACACCAAAGAUUGUAUGUACUAUGUCCCACUUGGAGCACUACAAAAUGGGAAAUUUGAUCAUAAAAUGCUGUACAAAGAAAUGGAAAAUAGGGUAAGCUGCCUGAGGCUAGUGGUGACAACUACCCAGGAUGAGUGGAUUAUGAUCAAACACAUCAAUAUUUGGACAGCCUGAGGAACAGUGGAGAAGGAGGGUACAAUGAAGGAGAGGGACCCAAUCUGGAGUCUGUAAUGACAAAGGGGACAGAAAAAUAAAACACUGAAAAACA